GUUGCAGGAUUCACAAGAAUGAAGAAAUUGGAACAAGAGCAGCACAAGUUUUAGUCGAGCUAGAUCCAGAUGAUCCUGCAGUGUGGUUGCAAGCUUCAAACUUUUACGCCGAGAUAGGAAAAUUUGAUGCCGCAAUGCAAAUAAGAGACGUUGCUCUAGCAAGGAAGAUGUCAAGAGAGAUUGGUUGUAGUUUAAUUGAGAUAAGAAAGUGACACAAGAAAAUAAAGAGUUCCUGAAUUGAUAAAUCAUCUUUGCUCAUUAUUCACACAAGAUACAACAAUCAUGGCAAAUUUUGGUAUAGUCUUGUCUAUUUCUGGCUAUCCUAAAAUUUAAGGGAAAGGCUUCUUUUGUGAGAAGUUUUUUGUGGGCAUGCCAAGAAAAUAAGGGAAGCAUGACGUGUGACAACAACAUUGGCAUGGUUGAAGAACUCAACAACCUGGACAUAGAGGAGGAAAAUGAGGUAGAAUUUUCUGACAUCCCUUCUUGGACAAGCGAACGCGGUGGAAAGGUUCUUGUCAAUGUUGACAGCUUUGGUGCUGCAGGAGAUGGAGAAACCGAUGAUACAUCGGCUUUACAAAAAGCAUGGGAAGUUGCUUGUUCUACACCGAAAUCGGUUCUAUUGGUUCCUCAAGGACGCCGAUACCUCGUUAACGCAACGAAAUUCAAAGGGCCAUGUGCAGACAUGUUAAUCAUCCAGAUUGAUGGAACAUUGGUUGCCCCGGACGAUCCUAAGAACUGGGAUCCAAAACUUCCGCGUGUUUGGCUCGAUUUUUCUAAAUUGAGCAAAGUUGUUUUCCAAGGUUCUGGAGUUAUUGAUGGCUCAGGAAGUAAAUGGUGGGCAGCCUCAUGCAAAAAGAACAAAACUAAUCCUUGCAGAGGUGCACCAACAGCACUAACCAUUGAUAACAGUUCAGCUAUAAAGGUGAAAGGACUAACUAUCCAGAAUAGCCAACAGAUGCAUUUUACGAUAUCACGAUGCAAUUCGGUUCGAAUUUUAGGAGUGAAAGUGUCUUCACCGGGAGAUAGUCCAAAUACUGAUGGUAUCCAUAUUAGUGAAUCAACAAAUGUCCUAGUCCAAGACUGCAAAAUUGGAACAGGGGAUGAUUGCAUUUCAAUUGUGAAUGCUAGUUCUAAUAUCAAAAUGAAGAGAAUUUAUUGUGGACCAGGACAUGGAAUCAGCAUUGGAAGCCUUGGUAAAGACAACUCAACUGGUGUAGUCACGAAAGUGAUUUUGGAUACAGCAUUUCUAAAAGAAACUACUAAUGGUGUCAGAAUAAAGACUUGGCAGGGAGGUUCUGGAUAUGUUCGAGGGGUACGGUUUCAGAAUGUGAGGGUGGAAAAUGUAUCAAAUCCUAUUAUUAUAGAUCAAUUUUACUGUGAUUCGCCAACCUCAUGUCAAGACCAGUCAUCAGCUUUGGAGAUAAGUGAGAUAAUAUACCAAAACAUAAGUGGGAGUACAAAUAGUGCCAAAGCCAUUAAAUUUGACUGCAGUGACACUGUUCCAUGUAGCAACUUAGUCCUUAGCAAUGUUGAUUUGGAGAAACAAGAUGGCACAGUUGAAACAUAUUGCCACUCAGCUCAAGGAUUUGGAUAUGGAAUUGUUCAUCCUUCUGCUGAUUGCCUUAAUUCAAAUGAUAAAAUCUCUCAAGUUGUUCAAUCUCCUCAAUCAAUUACUUAUGAGGAUGAUAUUCGUCACAUUGAACUAUGAUAUAAAAAAUUACCUCUCUAUUAUACACAUGCAUUAUACAAUUACCCUUUGAUUAUAUAAUCUAAUCUAAAAUAUAACAAAAGAGGGUGUAGCUAUAGUAGUUGUAUGUUUGAGGUGAGGUCAUAGACAUUUAUUUCAAGGGAUGUAAUAUUAAAUAAUUAGAAGUUAUAUGAAUUUUCAUUUCAGAAAAUAGAUAAACAUUGGAUCAUACGUGAUUCCAUAUACAUUGGAGAUUAAGAUGAAGAUAAGAAGACAACAAUUCUAGAAUAUUGAUUGAGAUUUUUAUUUUAAUUACUAUUACUAUUGUGUUUCCAAGUUUGCAUAGUGAUAUUUUAUGGACUGUGUUUAAUA